CGAUGGGGAAUGCGGCGCCCUGAAGGCCGCCCCCGGUGCAAGCCCCGUCAACAGAUUCAACAUCCCCGUCGGCCACAAUAGAUGGGCUGCAGCAUGCGAUGGGUGAUAUGAGCCGCUCGGUGGAUCUUCUGCGACAGCGAUACGAGACGCGAAUCAAGGAGCUCGAAGCCCAGAGAGGCGAUGACGUGCAGGACAUGACGGACGAUACGCACCGUUUGAUGCCAGAAGGCCACACGCAGAACAUCUUUGACGGUCAGUAAUGAUGAGAGACGAACGCUCUUUAAACAGAGAAGUGCAUGCCGGUUUCGGCGCGUGUAGACCUCUGUCAGCAACAGCAGCAUGACAAGUGUAUCGAGCUGCUCAACGAGCGAAUCGAGAUGCUCGAAGCUCAGGUGGACGACUACAAGAAGGAAAGGGAUGAGUGGAAGCAUAGGUACCAGCAGGCCGAAACCCAACGCGAUGAGUGGAAGCGUCGAUGUGAGGAGGUGCACGAGCCACGACAACCAUCCAGUCAGCUUGCCAGCCAGCCAGGCAAAAAUCAGUGUUUUCUUGGUAUAUAUGCAGUUCCAAGACCAGGCAUGUCGAGCGCAGGAAGACCUUAGAGAGUUGGGCAAGGGCUGCUGCAGAGGUGGACGCCAGCAGCAACAUGGCCCUCUGCAGUGCUUCGAUAUCAUCCUCACAGCCAUCUGCCUCUGCCAGUGCUGCUGCUUCCUCACCAUCCGCCCUGCUGGAUGGCACUGAGCCUGACGGGACGGGUCUGCUGCGGGCAGAGGAAUCCUGACGGCAAGGCAGGGGCAGUGAAGCGAGCGUCGAGCUGGAAACGGAUAAUGGCAGCGGGCCCCGUAGGUACAUUUCCCCGUAGGCGAAUGUGUCUCUCCCGGCUGGCUGGCUGGCUGGCUCGCUGUAUUCAUGUAUGUGUGUGUCCUCUGUCUAUGCGUUGAGUGUGGCUAUGAGUAGCAGGGGGCAGGGCGGGGGGAGAGCGGUAUGGGUGCUGUUUUCGAUGUCUCGUGCUUUCAAGACUGCCUGGCCUGGGUCCAUCAAUAUGUGUGUCUCUGUUUGCUGUCUGCUGCAUGGUCGGGCUGUAACUCGGUUGGACCAUCGAUUUCACCGUAUCAGUGGUUUCACUUUGAUGCAUUCACGAU